ACAUUUUACUGUGAUAUGAAUUUAUGUUCUAUUUAUUUCAAAAAAUUAUGUUGUAUAUACAUUAAAAUUACUUAUUACCUUUUUUGUUUCAUACUGAUAUCAAUGUGCUUUCAAAACUUACACUCCCAAACGAAUUCUUUUGAUCGAUCAAUUGCUGAAAAUUCUAGCACAUCAUUGUUAUUAGUGAACACAUUGGAUGGUUAUAUACAUGCUAUUGAUCUCAAUAAUGAAGGGAAGCUAUUAUGGAAUUAUAAUGCUGGAAAUAAACCUUUGAUAUCGUCAAGUCUAGGAAAAGCAGAGGCUAUAAGGAAUGGCGUUAAAAUCAGGGUGAUUCCAUCUUUGGACGGGAAGUUGUAUCAAUACGAGGAACGGGAAAAGAGAGACGAUAAUAACGCGGGAGAUGAUCACGUGGAUCGCAACGAUCUUAACGAAGAAGUGAUCAGGGCUUUGCCCUUUUCUACUUCGAAUCUUCUCAAAAACUCGCUAAGAUUCAGCGAGGAUAUAGUGCUCCUGGGUGGCGAAUACGUUACGACUUUCAAUAUUGACCUAAAAACCGGAAAACCCCAUUAUGUCUGCGGUUUAGAGGGUUGCCAAUAUUUUAACGAGCCAGCGGAUGCCAAUAAACCCAACUACAGAUGCCCACUUGCGACUGAUUCUCUCCUGAUCAAGAGGGUCGAUCGGAUAGUCCGAAGCAUUGACAGUAGGCUUGGAGAAGAAAGGUGGAAUUUUAGCGUGGGAGAUCUGGAGCUCAAACUCUUGAGGGCUAAGAUUCCCUUUACUACACCGAAACCCCCUGUUACCUUAACCAAACCUGCCAUCAACUUCCGAUCUGAUAUAAAAAAUGGCGGUUUCAUCUCGGAAGACGAAUUUGAAGAAAAAUUAGACGAUAUUACGAACGAAUCGUGGUCGUCAACCGGUACCACCGAAAAUGGCGACAAAUCAGACGAUAUUAACGAAUCGGAUGCUUCCGUUACCGAAUAUAAAGAAGAUGAAGAUGAAACAAAAGCAGACGAUACUUCAAAAUCGGACGAAUACGAGACUCCCGAUAAAAAUGAAGACGGCGAUAAUAUUCAAGAUGGCGAACCAGGAGUGAGUAAAUACGGCCUAACGGUACACGUGUCUGAAGGCGUUAUAACUGGUUACGGAAAGGCCGGAUCCGAGAAAGGAUACGCCGUUAUGUGGCAGCCUAAAAAUAAUGUGACCGAACGUCCCGUCAAAUGGGAUACGAGUGAUGGCGGCCAUCUUGAUAGGGAACGAGAAUGGCAUAGAAGCUUUACUUGCCCAAUAGCCAAAGUGUGGUCACUCAUAGAUGGUAAGUUGCAAUCUUUGGACCUGCAUGGCAAUCAAUAUGUCGGUGCUUUAAAAGUUUCUCAAUCUUACUUACCUCGUGGGACUCCAAUAUAUAUUGGCACCUACCAAGGACAAUUGUACGUCCAAUCAUCCAUCCAUAAUUUUGAUACCUCGCUAGUUGACCUAAGAGGUGGCGGCCGCAACUCUGGAUUCCGAUACGACUACAAUUCCCGAAAUGCCCGCAAUAUUUUUGAUCGGCGACGAAAUGAGGAAGAUGGCGACGCUCAUAAUAAUUAUCCCGUCGGAUUUCCUACCGUUUAUUGGAAACCCUAUUUGGCCACUAGUUUAUCGCGGACGCCAAUCAUAAAUACCCGCUAUUCCUCACUCGAUUACCAUUAUAAUAGCGACAAAAUCGAUGAAAAUGACGUCAACAACCUCAGCGAUAUUGAUCGGGAGUCGGACGAUAUCGAUAAAGUCGAAUAUAAAUCAGUCGCCGAUGCCAAUUCCGACGAUAUUAUUGAUUCGGCUUCCACUUCCGCCCUAACCUCUUUCAAAUCUUAUAUGGAUUACCCUUUUGAUACCGGUUAUUACCUAUGGCCAGAAAAUCAAUACGAUCCUUCGCCUAAACACCCGGCGCCUAAUAAAAAGAGAUACAAAAAUUCCGCGAAUUUCGAUCAAGACGCGCGGUCGCCAGGGGACCUCGACGAAGAUGACGGGGAAAAUAGGACUAGACCCGACAAUUACUGUUUUUCUGUCCCCCAAAAGCGGCGAUUCUCCCCGACCAAUAAAGGUAGAAAAGGUGACCCGGUAUCCGAAAAUCAAAGCAAAUAUUGUUUUUCUCGAAAUCGGUACCGAUAUUUAUUCGGGGGAAAAAGUCAGCUUGACAGGAAAAGGGGAAAGGGUGAUGCCAGGAUUUAUUCCCUCUACACGCUAGGAGACGGUCGAUACCCUAUAUGGGCAUAUUGGAAAGAAAUCAUACUGACCAGCCUUUUCAUCACCUGUUUACUUCACUUGUUCCUCUUUUCCGGGCUGGAAUUAGCCCAAAAAUGUCUUCCGCAUUUCCUUUUGACCUACCUGAAUUUUCUGAUUUCCCGCCACGUUAAACGAAGCGGUGGUUAUUACGGCGAUAAUCACCGAAGUUCGGACGGCAGCGGUAGCGGUAACAGGCAUUCUUCCGGCUAUUACACCAAUAAUAACUCCCUGCCCAACUCCAUUAAAAGUGGGGGUGGUCUUCUCGAAUUGAUGGCCGACUCCAAAAACGAACCAUCUUUAUCCCCGGGAUACAAAGAAAAACGUGACAAAAAUAAAGGGAGGUUGGAGAUGCUCAACAACAAUGACGUAGGGAUAAAUACUACCGACAUCUCUAAUAACGGGGCGGUUGAACCCAACCCGAAAAGUGGCCGAUUCGAUUCUGUCGAUAGCGGUCUUCAUAUAGCUUCCAGAUUUCAUACAGAUUUUCAAAUCAUUAAUAGUCUGGGAAAGGGCGGAUUCGGCCUAGUCUUACGCGUGAAAAAUAAGAUGGACGACCAAUCGUACGCGAUCAAGCGGAUAACCUUGCCCAAUAACGAAAGCUCGAGGGAAAAGGUUUUGAGGGAAGUUAAAGCUCUGGCCAAACUGGAUCACAUCAAUAUAGUGAGAUAUUUUCAGGCCUGGAUAGAACCUUCCAGCAAUAUACCCCUACCCAAAAGCUAUAAAAAGGAUCUGGCAAAGUACAACGUUACCACCGAUAGCAAAAAACAUCUCAAUGAUUCCAACGACAAAAGCGAUGCCGAUGAGGUAUUUACCUCCUUUUCAACCACGAAUCUUUCUUCCUAUUCCGAUCCUUACAACUAUUCUUACCGCAUUGAGCCCGUGAGCAACUUGCCCGACUCCAGCGAAUCAUCCCCGGGGGUCAAUCGGGACAAAGGUGACCAUUUCAAGAGGACCGACAAAGUUAGUUCCAGGAUAAGCCACGAGCCCAAGUCCAAAUUGUUUCUAUACAUUCAAAUGCAAUUAUGCCAGCGGAGAACGCUCAAGGACUGGUUGCUGCACAUGGAAUCCUCGACUACUUCUAACAGCACUUCGAGCCACGGCCCUUCCUUCCCUUACGUUCACUUUCCUUGGUCGGGCGACAAUAACGGCUCCCAUAUACGCGACGAUUUCUCCGCCAACACUAAAAGGAAAGCCCUAUACAUUUUUGACCAAAUCGUUCAAGCCGUCCAGUAUUUCCACGAACGGGGGUUGAUCCAUAGGGAUUUGAAACCUUCCAACAUAUUUUUCUCCGUGGAAGGGGUUGUCAAGAUCGGGGAUUUUGGCCUAGCCGUUCCCAAUCUGACUCCCGCUUCCGCUUCUCGACAUCACACGCUAUCCCUAAAUAGUCAAACGAUGAUCAGUUUAGUCUCCUCGAACGAUGAUGCCCGAAGAAAUCUCGACGCCAAUCUGGACAACGUAUCCGGUAACGAUUCCAAGGGUCGCAAAAUCGAUCACGUGGACAGGAACGGGAAGCAGUAUACACUGAGAGUAGGAACCAGGCUUUACAUGAGCCCCGAACAAGUUGAAAACAAGGUCUACACAAAUAAAGUCGAUAUCUAUUCGCUGGGUUUGAUACUUUUCGAGUUGCUCUACCCUUUUUCGACACAAAUGGAAAGGAUAAAGACCUUGAUGCAAUGCCGACAAGGCAAUUUUCCCAAAGAUUUUCAAACGGAAUAUCCUAAAGAGUUUCAAAUAGUCAAAUGGUUGUUAUCGCAAAAUCCAGACGACAGACCCGAUGCUAAGCAACUCAAAGAUGAUAGUUCCUACAAAUCCAUUUUCGAAUAUUAGAAUAUUAUAGAAUAAACUUGUUUUUAAAAUUUAUUAUUAUUAUUUUUUUUAUAUAGUAUUUAUUUUUGAUAUCUUAGCUUAUAAACUCAAAACAUUUGCUUGUUUUAAUUUUUUUAAAACACUCAUAAACUUUAAAAGACGUCUUUUAAGGGUUUUUUUAUUUUCGAUAAGGUGCAUCGUCUAAUAUCCUUCCCCAAUUUAGUACCAUUAUCCUUUGCCUAACGAUAUAAAGGAAAUCAUAGAUAUUUUUACAAAUUAAAAAAUAUAAAAUUUCCAAUUCAAUUUUUUUUUUUUUAAAUAUAUUUUCAAAUACUAUAAUUAUUAUUAUAUAAAAUUUUUUGUAAUUUAAUAUAUUAUAAAUAUUAUAACAUAAAUUACCAUAUUUUUUUCAUAGAAUUUAUUAUAUCAUAUCAUAUUAUAUAAUUAAAAUCGUUUCACCUUUUUGUACGAGUCUUAUAGUAAAUAAAUUAUUUUAUUUUA